UGAAAUUUAUGUAAGCCUUCGGCUAAUCUUCCGAACUCGCCACCGCGGUUACAGCACCAACAACCAACAUCAUGGAGCAACAGCAGCAGCGUGGCGGUCGUGGGCGACACGAUGGCGGUGGUGGCAGGAGACGAAAGCGGCCUGCGCCUAAGCCUCGAACGAGCCUUACAGACGUGUACAUUGCAAGGAAUAGCGCCUUUGAGGCUCAGCUCGCCCGCGCCAUGAGCUUGCUUGAAUCCAAGGAAGCGAGGGUGACGCUGCACGGCCUUGGUGCUGCGAUCAACCGCUGCAUCAACAUUGCCUUGCAACUCCAGGAGAAGUUUGCCGGCCAAUUGACGAUGAGCGUGGAGACUGACACCGUCGGAUUGUUGGAUGAGAUUGCAUCAGAUGACUUGGAAGCGCCACCCGUUGUGAGCAAGCGACGCAACUCGGCCAUCCAUGUUCACUUGACACGACCUGCCGCAUGAUGUGACCAACACUGCCGCCCACACCUUGCUUUCCACUUCUGGAUGUUCCACGUGCAUUUUUUUUUCCUUUCCACGGCAUCAAGUGGGCUGUACCCACGACCACGACAGCCCCGACCAUGCACGAGUGGUUGAGUUUAGUUCGAGGUUUGAUACCAACAGAGCACGCACACAAGUAAACGCAAAGCAACAUGGAA